AUGCAGAACUACCUGCUCUUGAAGCAUGGUGGAGGCUACAUCCUUGGUAUCAUCCCUCAUCCUGACCCCUCUGUUGACCCCUUGAGUGCAGCCCAUCGGAACUUAAACAAUCUUCCUGAAGAACAGGAAUUCCUUUGCAUGUACUCCAACACAUACUUAGCCUGGGACACUCUCAAGUCCUGUUAUGAGAAGUACUCAACUUGGCUACCCAAGGAGAACGAUUUCCUCACCAUCAUGAUGCUUAAUGUGAUGAGUGAUGACUUGCCUCACAUUCAGAAUCAUAUCAUGGAUGCCCUUUCUACAAGCUCUUCUACCAAUGCAUAUGGUCCAUCCAACAUUCGUGCUCCACUUGAUGUUGAGCAACAGCUCAUCAACACUGAGAAAAUGAAGGGAUCAGGUGACCUUGCUAUGAUGGCCACUGGAAAGGGAGGAUAG